AUGAAGCAAGGCGAGGGUCAAGGGCGGCUUGAAGCGUGGGAGGCCAAAGGCGUCUUUGAAUUUGCUUGCGCUCUCACGGGGCACUGGGGAGCCACACAGGGUGGCUGUGCAGCAGAUGAUGUCGAUGGGUGGACGUUGGCCGACGGAUCCGCGACUUGCGCACCAACAAAGCCAGCAGCGCAGCGAGUAGCAGGCUCGGCGAUAGUUUUCAACAAGAAGAAAGAAAAAAACCAGCUGGCAGAGUUGGGACGAGUGGCGGAUCAAAUAUUGGCUUUGUGCGAGGGGUACACCCAUGCGGCCGCCAGAUGCGGGCUAUGGGCCAUGGGCCAUCAGCUAUGGGCCAUUGGCCAAGUCACUGGGUUGCUGGGUUGCUGGGUUGCUGGGUCGCUGGGCCCUGGCCGACAGCUGUUGCCAGCCGACGGCACUGAGAUUGCGACUACAUAUCUAUGUACAAGAUACAAGCAGCCAGGCAAGCACAGUGACGCCACUGCCCUUCCCACCUGUCCAUCCCCGAAGCAUGUCACCAUCAUCAUCAUCAUCAUUAUCACAACCACCACUCGAAUUCAGGCACAGCCAUGCCGGCUUAAAUUCCGAGUUCGUCCGAUAGCCGUUGGUGACAAGCACAGCGUCGCCCUCGUCGUCCAAGCAUCGGCCACUGCCAUGGCAUGCGCCCAGCCAAGCGAGGGGCUGUACGAUUAG